AUGGCAAAUCCUACAAUAACACAAAGGCGAUUGCCAACCGAUUCUAUCACGGAGGUUGGGAGAGUCGCAACCUGGAUGGUUAGCGAAGAUGCCGAUUUCCAAACGCACGACCAAAUAAAAAUUUGCAAGAAUACGAGCGGAUUAUCAGCUACGACAUCAAAACUCGCAGAGCUCUUCACACAAGAAAUCAAAAGCCAACUCCCAGAUGGCCAUGCGAAACCGUUACAAACCCGCGUCACCGCUAUCCAUUUCGAAAAUCCUACGGCCCUCCCCUUAGAACCAGGUUGGAUGAUGGAAUUCAUACCAAUACCGACUGCCCAGGGCGUAAUCGAGGUGGAUGGACAACGGGCGAUUCCCAACUAUUACUUCCACUUGACGGCUCCAGUUCGAGUGUCGGGGAACUUUUUCGGUAUCUUGCUUUUGUCUCAGAUCUCGUAG